UUGCAUUACAUCCCCAGCAAAUGAGUGUGUAUCAUCAGAUGAUCAGUGCAGUGACAGUGUAUGGGUUAUUUAGGUUACUGAAACUCUUUAGCUAACGGGCAGUCAGGAAAAGGCAUGCUCAAGACCCCGGAAUAAUGCAAGGACACAGAAUUUGGGUGUUUUUGGCCUUAUCAUGGCUUUUCUGCUCCGGAUCACAUGCAGAUGGGGAGAUCAGGCUUCAGUGUGAUGAUUCAAAUGUCCAAGAUGCCGUGGCAUUGGUUCUUUCAGCACAUAAUAAAGGGCUAACUGAAGGAAACCAGCUGGCUCUGUAUCAGAUCCUUGAGGCUGCAAAGAAUGAAUCAGGUGAAGUCCUCUCACUACAUUUUACAGCAAGGGAAUCCAACUGCACAGCAGGAGGGGACAGUAACUGGCAGGAAUGUGACUACCUCCAAGAUCCUUCAAAGUUGCUCAGGCAUUGUCGUGCAAGGCUCCUGCUGAAAGAAACUAACAAGAUCUUAUCACAUUACUGUUCAGUGCAGCCCCCUCUCAUUGCAGAGCCACGUCCCCCCUGUCUGGGCUGUCCUGAGAUUAUCAGUGUGGAGAGUAAUGACAUUAAGGAGCCUCUGAGUUACUCCAUCUCCAAAGCCAACUUACUGACUGGCCACACGCAUCAUUUCCUCCUCAAUUAUGUCGCCUGGGCCACAAGACAGAUAAUAGCUGGGUUAAGAUAUCAGCUCCAGUUUGACAUGCAAAAAAGUAACUGCAGUAAAGAAAAGUUUAAGGAUAUUACUGAGGAGUGUCACCCAGUCCAUACAGAUCCGGCAUUCAUCAACUGCAAGUCGACUGUGGAUGUGGCCCCGUGGAGACAUGAGCUCCCUGACAUUGACAUAAAGUGUGAACCUGGAGCUUUAGAAACGAACUUUGAAACACGCAGACGUCCUCCAGGCUGGAGUCCACUAAGGAACAUUCAUGACUUUGAGGUCAAACCUAAAAAGGACUCAUCUGAAGAAUCUCAGGAGAGCAAAACACUUAGUGUCGUUCCUUCAGAAAGCCAGAACCCAACUACAGAGCCCUCUCAGUCUGUGGUGCUCACAAGUGGUAAUAGCACUACCUUUAACUGUCCCAGCAAACCAUGGAAAGUUUUUGAUGUCAGAGCUAAUCUUCCUCGUCCUCCUCCUCCUCCUCGCCCUGAUAACAAUGAGCAGAUUAGAUCUGGGAUUUGCCCUUGAUCAGUAACCAACAUCCAAAAGAUCUAGAGUUGAAUCUCUCUUUUAUUGAAUUUUGAAUAAAGUAUUGUUGACAUUUCUAUAUACAGUAUUACAGUGAUGUAGGGUGAAUUGUUAGCUCUAAAUAAAGAGAAAAAUACACACC